UUUGUUAAAAACGGACAUUCUGCUGGAGUUAGUGCAACAUGUUAUGUGCACAUCCUUUUUGAUAUCUUAAUUUUUAUGUGAUUAUCCUAGGUUUGCUUGCUUAUGGUUGCAUCCAUUUGAAUGGACAAGUAACUUAUUGGAAAAUAAAAAGAAAAGAAAUAGAUUCAAGGCAUUUUGUCUUCUGCAGGUUGGUAAUAAUUUGUUAUUUGUCUUCUGCAGGUUAAGAUUGCAAUGAUUGGAAUCAUGGCUGGUGGUGAAGGACUUGAUUUUUCAUCAGCUGCCUCAGAACCCAUCUCAUAUGUCUCAGUUCCAAGCUUUGCGAGCUAUGGUGCAGGCCAAUCCACAAAUUUUGCAGCCCAUGCUUCAGGAGCUGGGGAAGCAAAACCCUCACCUGAUGAGGCUUAUUCAGGAGCACCAGGCUGAUUUUGUUCGCCUGAUCAAUGAACCUGUUGAAGGUGGAGAGGGUAACGUACUGGGACAGCUUGCUGCAGCAAUGCCACAGUCUGUAACAGUUACACCUGAGGAGCGUGAAGCCAUAGAACGUUUAUAUACAUGUGUGGUAGAUGGAGCAUGGAAGUGCAAAAAUGGAGAGGCAGGAAUAGCAUGGGUCUGUUUCAAUGAAAAUCAAGACAUUGUCUAUCAACAAGCUGAUUGUCUAUCAAUGAAAAUCAAGACAUUGCAGAAUCCAUUUUUAAGAAGUAAAACAUGCUUUGGGAAUUUUGAAUUUUUAUAAUGAGCGGAUGUUUUGGAGAUGUUUUUAUAAAAAUGGAGUGCAGUAAUUUUGAAUUCAAAAUUUUUUAUAAAAACAUCUGUAAUUUUGAUUUUACAGAUGUAAUUUUGAGCAGAUGUUUUUGAACAAAAAUGGAGUAAUUUUGAAAAUGGAGUAAUUUUGAACAAAAAUGGAGCAGGUGUAAUUACUGCACUCAAUUUUGAUGAUGUUUUUGUAAAAUUACUGCACUCCAUCUCAUUAAUUUUUUAUUUCAAAAUUUUAAUUUUUGAAUUCAAAACAUCUGUUUUAUAAAAAUUCAGAAUCCAUUAAUUCAAAAUUUUGAAGUAAUAUUACUUUGGGAAUUUUGAAUUUUUACAAAACAUCUGCUCAUUUUUAAAACAUCUGAUCAAAAAUU